CAGACUUGUCCGCUCCCCGCCGCGCUCACACCCGCACCGCGCGGCCAUGGUGUGCAAGCAGCAGAGCUUGAGCGUCGACCUGCAGCCCCGGGGCCCGCCUCCCCCGUACCCCGGCGCCCAGCAGGGCUUCCCGGCCGAGCAGCCGCGCGACUUCGUGCUCUGGUCCCUCUUCACCGUCCUGCUGUGCCAGAAGCUCGCCUGCCUGGGCUGCCUGGGCUUUCCCGCGCUCAUGUUCUCUAUCAAGGCUCGAGAUCGGAAAGUGCUGGGGGACCUGGAAGGUGCUCGGAGCUAUGGCACCACCGCCAAGGUGUUAAACAUCAUCGGGUCACUGCUGGUGGUAGUUGCUAUUGCUGUGGUCCUUUUCGUUAACUUUUGGAGACCUUAACGGCAUCCAUUUAAUGAAGUUCCUGGGAUUGACACCAGCCAGGCAUUCAGAGAGGGGAUUGGUAGAUAACUCAAAUGGCGAGCAAACGACCCACUGCUGGCUGUUCGUGCUAUGAUGGAAAUUCACAACAGGUCAUGAGUUCAAAAAUUGACUCAUGAAUAGCACCAUUGUAGCUUUGAUGCUAGUUAUGUGGUCACCCUCAUUUCAGAUCUGCGCAGGCCCCCACUUCUCUGCUUCAUGCACUGUGGCCAUGGAAUCAGCCACUACCUACUUGUUCCUCUUCCAGCCUGAUCCAGCUGUUUACCUUUUUUGGAUUUCUUGCACUGAAAAUCAUCCACAUUCACUGCUGUUGUGACCUUCCCUCUCUGCAGCGCCUGACACGGAGAGUAAUAGAUGAUGAGGUCAGAGGAGGCUCCAGUCUACCUCACUUUGUUCCUAGAGAUGGACCAGAACCACCCACUUUUUGAGAGAGUUUGGAUCCAAGCUUUGCCAUUGGCCCCCAUUUCUACAAUGGGCCCAUCAAAACAUGGGUUCCAAAUCCCCCUCCCACUCGCCCUGCUCCCCAUGCUUUGGGACAUUUAGAUUUGAAUUCAAACUCUGUGCCUUGGCCCAGUUUUAUGUGUCUGUAUGAACCCAGCAAUAAUGUUCGCCCAGGACAGUAUUUACACACGAAAGCCAUCUGCAGAGA